UGUAAAGGACAUUUGAGACAUUUCCUUCCGUCAGACGCUUGACAAAAAUAUUUUUAUCGUUACAUGGGAAAAUAUUGCAGUUUGUUUCGUUAUACAGUGUCUCAGUCGCAGUUGCGCGUAUCUCGCGGCGCAGUAAACUCGGUUUUUAGUUAUCUAAAUUGCCUGCUUGUUUAUUUGUAAAGACGCAUUAACAAUGUCCGUAGAGGAGAAAUCUGGUUCCGAUGCGCAUAGUGGUAGUGCGAAUUCGUUGGUUGUACAAGGGGACGAUGAGAACGCGAAGACAUGUUGGGUGUGCUUUGCGACGGAGGCGGACGAUCGUCUGGCGGCGUGGGUGCAGCCUUGCAAGUGCAAAGGAACUACGAAAUGGGUCCAUCAGAGCUGCCUACAGCGGUGGGUUGACGAGAAACAGCGCGGCAACAUUACCAGAAAAGUCCUCUGUCCUCAGUGCAAAGCGGAGUACAUCGUAGUUUUCCCUUCAAUGGGGGCGUUUGUGGCACUAUUAGACGCUACGGAGGAGAUCACACACAAGAUCUGUCCCUUCAUAGCGGGAGGAGUGCUGCUGGGAUCGAUAUAUUGGAUCGCUAUCACUUAUGGAGCCGUCACUGUUAUGCAGGUGGUCGGCCACCGCGAGGGUCUGGAGAUGAUGGAGUCCGCCGACCCCCUAGUUCUGCUGGUGCUGCUGCCGACGAUACCGGUGACGCUCAUCAGCGCCAAGAUGUACAAUUGGGAGGACUCCGUCCUCUUGUUCCUGAGGAAGUACUGCGCGAAGAUACCGGCACUAUCUUACAUACUACCGUUUGGAAACGUGGAAGGCGACCGAGGCGCCAUCGUCUCCGGGCCGUCAAAUCCCGCCAACGCAAACUCCGGCUCCCACCUCUCGCCCACAAGAAUAUUCUGCUCUGCAUUACUUCUGCCCACCAUCUCCACAAUCAUAGGCAAAAUCUUCUUCCGCUCCAUACAAAACAACCUCCACAGAACUAUACUAGGAGGCCUCACCUACAUAACUAUCAAAGGAGCGCUCAAAAUAUAUCACAAACAAAUGCUAUACAUCAGGCAUUCGAGUCGGAAAAUUCUAGAUUAUACCGAAACGAACUUAAAGCUUUACAGAACCCUUACAUCGGCUGCUAGUGGAGACGCGGUCGCUAGUUCAAGAGACGAAUCGGAACAGGUUGUAUAAACAUUACUUUGUACGUGAUGACGUAUCUAAGGUACAAUAAUAUUGUAUCAUUGAAAUCGAUACCUGUUUUAUAUGGUUUUAGAUCUCGAUACGGGUGACCGUAUUUGUAAGCGCGUAGACUAUUUUCGUAUAGCGGACGUCGUCUUAGUA